UAGCAAAUCUUGUAUCUUCAGUGGGAGGAUUAUCACUCAUCCCAUCUCGCCUUCCAUGCACAAAAUCCAUGAAGUUGAGGAACAUUGAAUGGUAAGUUUUCCAUUGCCCUGGAAUAUUAACCMCAGGAGGUGGUUUGGGAGCCUGCCCAGGACGCUUCCUUGCUGGUGUUGUUGCAACGCUCUCACUUCCAUCAGCAUCGUCGUCGUCAGCAGCAGCACCGUCGUCAGCAGCAGCACCGUCGUCAGCAGCAGCACCAUCAUCAGCAAAUAAGACAUCAUCUCCUUCUUCCUUCUCUUCUUCUGCAUCCAACACUCUUAUGAGCUCUUCCAAUGCAGCAGCUUCCUCGGGAUCGGCUCCAGCGGCAGCAGGAGCAACCACGCGUCCAGCAGCAGACGACGAUUCCUCCUCAAGUCCACGUCCACGUCCACGACCUCCACGACCUCCACGUCCUCCGCGUCCUCCACGCCCUCCGCGUCCUCCGCGUCCUCCGCGUCCUCCUGUUGUUGCUCCUCGCCGUAGCUGUUGCACCAGCUCCUCAGCUUCUUGUUGCUCACGGGCAACUUCUUCCAAAGCUUCACGGGCGACCCUGAACAAGUUGGGCGGAGGGAGUUCUUCUUCUUGUCUCCUGCCACGACGUCCGCGUCGUGCUCUCCGUGCUCCUGCGCGUACUGCUACUGGUCCGCGUCCUCCGGGCCCGCGUCCAUCUUGUUGUGCUGGUGGUGCUGGUGGUGUCAUCUUGUUACUGUUUACUGUUUGCUUGUUGUUGCUUGUUGCUGCUGAAGGGGGAAUAAGCUGAAUAAGCUCAAGUUUUCAUGUGCAGUUUUCACGUGCAGGCCCACCACGACCACGUCUCCGUGUUGUAUUAUUGCACUGCGUGCGUGUUUUCAACGGUUGAGAAUGCAACAAACAAGCUACUGAGUAAGAGUAGUACAUAAAAUCUCAAUACCGUUUCUUCUAUGUAUUUUGCACACAAAAAAAACAAUACGGUUGAAAAUAAAGGAGUAAUGGUUUGCCGUACACCAGUAUUUAGGGGGUAGGCCUAUGUKGUACUGUUUUUUCGUUGCAUGGAGGCAAUAAUGAUAAUGCAAUUUUAGUUGCAUUUUGCGCAUACAGUAGAAGUAGUAGCUAUUGCAGUACUGACCCUAUUAAAGCCAUAUUUUAGUAGCAAUAUAAAAAGUACCGGUACGUACAGUACGGUCGGUACCGUACUUAAGUUCAGAAAGUCUGUUUCAACGAAGCGAAGUUGGAGAGGCCAUUUUUUCCCUGACUCUUUUCAUCACAGACCUCGUUUCGAUCGAUUGCGAGUACGAGUACGUACUCUUCCUGCUUUCGCAGAACAAGCAGAGUAGGUUUACUUCUUUACUGAAUACAGUAGCUGUUUGCCUAAAAAAUGCAUCCCAAAGGCCUCGUCCUCGUUCUCAAGACCAAUGCAUUCCGGCAUGGGCUCCGUCGAGGACUCCACCGGAAAUCGUCAAACUUGUUUCAAUGAAAAACCGUAUUUGUUCGUUGCUUUGACCGUGAUUCCUGGCUUGGUUCGAUUCGUUCCAUGGCUUAGAUGGAAWUGGCUUCUGCGUGUCGYRCUUUCCGUUGUUUCCGAGAGAACCAUGUCCUAGUAGCACAGAAUGCAUUCGUGCGGAUAGGCCUUCUCUCUUUGUUUUGAACCACCUGGAUUUUCCCCGCAGCCCCCGGCAGGGUUGCGGCUCGGGGCGGCUGCGUCGUGCGAUCGAAUCUAGCAGCGCGURUUCGAAAUGAUCGUGUCUGCCAUUGUUUGCAGGGACCAAUGCCGAAGCGGAGCGGGCCCUUUCUGUACCCCUUGGGCUUGACAUUGGGUUUGCCCUCUUGUCUCCUAAACACCAAGGCGUGGGCCAAACGAGGGGAGAGAGGUUUCGCAAUACUCCUUCCGCUUCACUCCCAGAACUUCCACCAUUCCUUUUCGACGGGACGGCCGUUUUUCGAAGGGGUUUUCGUCACCUUCCCUAUCAGGAAUUGCUUCCAGUAUUUCUGGCCGCUCCUCGAGUGAAACAAGAGGUCCUGCGUGCAAUCAACGGCACCCCCGACCUUCUUCAUGAGUGAAUACUUUCCCCCGGGGUGGUGCUCUAUGUAGUCCGUCACGUCGUAAAUGUCCUCCCCGGCAACGAUCCACGCCGACGUCUCCGUGUUGUGCCUCAGGAUCUCAGCACGGGUGUAAUAAUAGAGCUGGAAACCCUCUUCUUCGGAGGACGAGGAGGAAAACGAGACGACCGAAGACGCGCUAGUGGUUUCGGCCUUGUCGCUGCUUCCAAGACUCGGUCCACACGGGGAAAAGCUCCCUUGGUUGUACGAAACCACGGUUUCGUUCUCGCCCCGGACGCUGCCGCGUUUCUCGGACGGUGCCAUCUGCAACCCAACCGUCUCGAGCCGUUCUUCCCUCUCCUGGUUUUCUGGUAUGACCGCCAUUUUGGAAUACUGUACAAUGAAUGAAAUGCAGUGCA